CACUCUAGUUCCUCCGUUCACACCAUCGUCGUUUCGUUUUCCUCUCGUUUCGCUACCAAGCCUCGAGCCUCGUACCUCUCUCUCUCUCUCUGAUGAGCCAUCUCUCUGGUCGGGCGUGAGCGAUGUGUGGCGGGGACAUCAUUUCCGACUUCGUCGAGGAGCGGCUCAACCGCCGCCGCCCCAACCUGAAGCUGACCGCCCACGAGCUCUGGUCCGAGCUCGACCCCGCCUCCGACCUCCUCGGCUUCGGCGGCGGUCCGGCGGCCGACCAUGGCGGCCACCCUCCCAACAGCCCCUUCUCUCCCAACCCUAGCCAACUCAGCCAAGUGAUGAUGAGCGAAGAGAAGAAGAACGAGGAGGCGGGUCAUGGACUCGUGCCAGAGACCCAGAAGAGCAAGAGCCAGAGCCAGAGGCCUCGCAAGAACGUGUACAGAGGGAUCCGGCAGAGGCCGUGGGGCAAGUGGGCCGCCGAGAUCAGGGACCCCCACAAGGGCGUCCGCGUCUGGCUCGGCACCUUCAAGACCCCCGAGGAGGCGGCUCGAGCCUACGACGAAGCCGCCAAGCGCAUCCGCGGCGACAAGGCCAAGCUCAACUUCUCCGCCCCCUGCGACCCCCCGGCCCCGGGCCCUGCCCAGCCGUCGGCCAAGAAGAGGUGCGUGGCCCCCGACGAGCCGGAGGAUGAGGCCGGAACCGCAGGAUGCGAACUGAAGGAGCGGAUCGCCAGCUUGGAAUCUUUCUUGGGGUUGGAGCCAGCUGCUGAGGAGCCGGGCACAGGCGCCGAGCUGUCUUCGGCCGAUCUCUGGAUGCUCCAAGACCUCGUCACUCAUCACCAGCACCGUUCUGAUAACCAGCUUGUUUAUUAGAUAGUAACCGAGUUGAUCUCCGUUCGUGGUGCUUUAAUCUUGUGUUUCCAGCUUGUGAUGCUUGAUUAUGGCAUGCUUUAGACAUGUAUGAAUAACCUUCGUGUUUUCGAGUGCUGUACAUACGGUACUGAGUAUUGCGUA